AGUCGGGUUAGGUUGUCGUCGCCGGGAGGUUCCUCCUCACUCGCGUUCCUAGGCGACGCUCGCUGGCGGAGAAGCACCGGGGGCGUCUUGGAGGUUUUACUGUCAAAAGCAAGUGUGUGUGUGAGAGAGAGAGAGAAAGAGAAAAAAAAGUUUCAGGGGGCGAGAGAGGCUUUUUAAACGCGGCGCGGAGUAACUUUGUUUUAGAUUACUCUUGUGACUUGCUGGGUGCUGACUGAGAGGAGAACCAGCAGCAGCAGCCGCCGCCGCCAUGUCCCGCACAGAUGAGGUGCACAGAAUGACCGAGGGCGUCUACAAGACCAUUAUGGACCAGUUUAAUCCGAGUCUUCGAAAUUUUAUCGCCAUGGGGAAGUCUUAUGAAAAGGCACUUUCCAGCCAGAUGGGUGCAGAGAAAAUCUGGAUCAAGAAAGCUAGAACAGGUGUGUCCUUUGCAGCAAAAGGUUAUUUUGAGACCCUGGUGAAAAUGGGUGAACUAGCCAGUGAUAGCCACGCUUCCAAGGAGAUGGGGGAUGUCUUGUUCCAGAUGGCAGAGGUUCACAGACAAAUUCAGAUACAGCUUGAAGAAAUGUUGAAAGUGUUCCACAAUGAGCUGCUGAUGCAACUGGAGCAGAAGGUUGAGUUGGAUGCCAAGUACUUAAGUGCCACUUUGAAGAAAUAUCAGGUCGAGCAUAAAGCCAAGUUGGAGUCUCUGGAAAAAUGUCAAGCAGAACUGAAGAAACUUAGAAGAAAGAGUCAGGGCAGCAGAAAUCCUCAGAAAUACGAAGAGAAAGAGAUGCAGUUUGCGGAGGCAAUAAGCAAAAAGCAAGUGGAACUGGGGAACUAUAUUGGAAACGGAUACAAGACGGCAUUGAGUGAGGAACGUAGGCGGUAUUCCUUUUUGGUGGAAAGGCAGUGUUCAGUUGCCAAGAAUAACAUGGUGUACCACAGCAGGGGCAAAGACAUGGUAACACAAAAGCUUCCUGGUUGGCAGCAGGCCUGCAGCGAUCCUUCCAAAAUUCCUGACCAUGCAAUGUCAAUGGUGCAGCAGUUGGCUUCAGGCAAUGGAGGAACCCUCAUCCCCGACCCUGUGGCCACCACCAAAUCAGGGCUGAUAAUUUCAGAUCCCAUUCCUGGUGCUAAACCUCUACCAGUACCACCAGAGCUUGCACCCUUCGUUGGAAGUAACAUGGGUUCCAAUUCUCGCAUGAUGGGCCAGGAUGUUUCCUUAUUGCCUAAUGGCGACCUGUCCAACUCGCACCAAGCAGGCUAUCAGCAAUCGGCCCCGCCUGAUGUCAAACCAAAGCCGCCUUCACCGCCACAACUUCCCAAACAGCAAAAUGAUGUCUAUUCCAACACACUGCCUACACGCAAAGCAUUGCUCUUGAAAACCAGCCAUUUGUCAGCUGAAAACAAGACUUUGCCUCGAUCAAGCUCAAUGGCUGCUGGUUUAGAAAAGAACGGAAGAAUCAAAGUCCAAGCUAUUUUCUCGCAUCAGGCCGGAGGCAACAGUACACUGCUGAGUUUCAGUGAGGGUGACGUCAUCACAUUGUUGGUUCCUGAGGCCAAAGAUGGCUGGCAUUAUGGCGAGAAUGAAAAGACACGGAUGCGAGGAUGGUUUCCCUUCUCUUAUACCCGUCUAAUGCAAGGUGGAAUCAAUAACAUUUUACAUAAUUUAAACCAUUCGAAAAGCAGCAGCACAGGGAACCUUCUACUGAAAGAAGAGCUCUCCAUUCCCCCACCUGACUACAACUCGCCUUUAAGAAUGACUCCUAAUACGGCUUCCACUACAAGUACUUUCAAACCCAGACCCUACAGCGUGGCUAUGUCAGGUUUCACACAGGGCCUGGAUUUUGGUCAGUCAGGAUUAUCGUUGAAUUCUGAUGCCGAGGUUGCAAGGUUCUGAAUUUAAACUUCUGCCACAUUUAAGGCCUCUCUAGAUUAAGAAGCCGUAGCAAAUAUCAAGUUGAGGCCGACCAAAAUAAACAACAGAUCGAUCCCUACGGUGAAGUGAGCGCGGUCCCCGGGAGGAAUCCCUCGCUGUUCACUUGCUGAUGGCAAGAGAUGCCAAAGAAGUCUAAACCUGAAACUUCAUCUGCAUGAAAACAGUGACUUUAGUGACCGUCUUUAGAUGGCUCCAGUCUGGACUAAAGUUACAGAUAUAUCAAUCUCACAUCUUGCUGCAGCAGUGCCACUUUUGAAACAAAAAUACACCUCUCCUAUCCCUGCUUUAAACUCGAUGGAUCUUGUGGGGGGAAUUGUUCAAUGGCAGGUGUGUGGUUAGGCUUUUGUAUGAUGUUUGUAAUUUAUGCAUGUGUUCAAGAAUUAGCAGUUAGUAUUUUUUUAUUAUAUACUUUAUACUAAUCAGCAUAUAAAACAAUAUUUUAUUAUCUGACUCUUUGCAGGAGUUGGCUAAAAUGUUGCCACUUUGUAGAAACUAGAAAGCUGAAAUAUUGUCAGACCCAUUAUAAAGUGUAUAUACUGUGCUGUGUUCUCUUUUGGGGAACAAUCUAAAAAGACAAAUAGGAUAUGUGUAUAUAACUGAGUAACUCGUAUUCAGAGGUCAUUAUUUGAAUCCUUGCAGUCACCUAUAAAGCUUCCAUUACUUUUGGAAAUAUUAAGCAAGUACUGUGGUGGUGGCAAGGGUCUGAUGUCAACUGAGGAAACAAUCAUUUCUAUCCCUUUGCAGAAUUUUAGGAUUCCUCUGCAUUUUCUUUGCUUCCAUCUGCCACUGAAUGUGGAGUUGUCCAACUUUAUUUCACACCUGUGACUUGUAGUGCUUCCUUUAUCAAUUCUGACCAUCGAGUCAGCCCGACGAGUGAAUAAAUGACUGAGGUCCCUGGAUAUGUCGUGUAAAACAGUCCCCUUCGAGCUGAUGGAAAAACACACAAUAGGGACUUGAUGCAAAGGGCCAGGUUUUCGGCUCUUUUGCAGAGUUCAAAGUGCAGUGGACAGGAAAGCACGUGCUCCAACCACGGUAUAUAUUAACAGCAAAGCCUCAACGUGGGAGAGAAAUUGCAAAGUAUUUUUUGCAUAAGAAAAUGGAAGAAACAUUGUCAGGUGUAGGAUUCAUAUUAAUCGAUGGUCAUCUCAGUACAGCAAUGAUUUGAGUGCUGAAUUGCUUGGAAAUGGAUGGUUUAAAAGUCUGUGGUACAGUGAUUGAUUAGACACUGAGGUAAUCAGUAUUAUGAACAAGCAAGAUGAUGCACUCUGGGAAUCAGUUGAUGGACAAAGUGUUCUGUUAUUUUUGAAAAGAAAGGCCUGGGGUUAAUCAGUUAUUUAAAGAAAAACGUGUUAAUAUAUAUAAUGCCCCCUAUUUUUGUCACAGUCUACAAAAUUUUAUUUUCGAUGUACGUUGCUGAAACAAUUAGAAGAAUGAGAUAUUUUGUCAUCACUAAAGGAACAGUUGUUGUCCUGUGGGAGAAGGUGACACAGAGUCUGAACGUUUUAUUACAAGAACCCAAUGAAAUGAAUGGGUAUAUUUUCAGUGAAAUAGUUAGUUUUACAUUUUUCCAGUGAAGUUAGCCAGUCGCGUCAAUUGUUCUGCACAAAGUGGUUGUAGAUAAUGAAACAUAAAUAGCUGAAAUUAAACUCUAGCCAAGAGUGAUUGUCAAACGAUGAAUAUCAAAUCCAACCUGUGCUAAUUCACAAUUAUAUUUAUUUUGAAAACUAGCACUUCUACGCAGAUGUAGUCUCUUACUUUGUGCCAUUAAAGUCCAAAAACAUACCUGCCACCUUAAUGAAAUAAAGCUCUUGUACAUGACAUCCAUUUCUUCUUCCGUUCUGCAUUAUGCCAUCACGCUUUGACUUUCGACUUGAAUACAAGAAUGUGAUUUAAUUUGUGCCUUUCAUUUUACUGAAGCUUUAAAAUGUAGUAAGAGACUUGCUGGGAUAGUUGUCAUAAUCUGUACUGCAUUGCAGCUUUCUGCAGCUGCCAUUUUUUCAUAAAUCACCGUGUUUUGUGAUUUUGAAUUGACCUAUAGAGUAUAUUCCUUCAGAUAACAAAAAAAUGAUUUUGAUAGUAACUUAUGCAAAAAUAAAAUGGAUUAACUGUUUAAAUAAACAUA